ACCGGUAUCGAAGUUGCUCGCAUCGAUGACAUGAUGCGGGUUUGGAGUGGAAACGCGUCCACUAUCCUCGCAGCUGAGCGGCGAAGAGCGGCCGGCACUAUUCAUACAAGCCCUGCUGCCUCGGAGAAUCUGCAAAGGCCCGUGCUGAAGAAUAUCGCCGUGCACGGUUCUCAAGAGCCAGUUCCAGUAACAUUUCAGAACACCGAUACGGUGCCGGAGCAUCAAAACUGCUCUCUAUGGUUGACUGGCAUUCCAGCUUCUGCAAAUAUUCGGGACCUUUUGUCAGAAGUCCAGGGCGGAAAAGUUGUAGAGUCAAAGCUUUAUUCAGCAAAGGGGAGCUUUCAGGGCACCAGAGCCGCAAAAAUUACGUUUUCGACUCCGGCUGGCGCAAGUAGGAUGCUCUCAUUUGCAAUUCGAAAUGGAUUCCAAGUCCUCGGCCAGCGAGUGAUUGUGACACGAAAUCGCAACAGACGAGCGCCGAACGAGUUGGCCGUCGUGCACGGUCAUUCUAGGGUCCUGCUCGUGCGGGGAAGCCCAUCCCAAACUCACCCGAACUGCAUCUUGAAACUUUUUGCUGGCAAUUUGAGAUUCCAAAUUGAUCAAAUGUUGCAUUCAUUUCGACGCGUGCCGGAGGAGGCUGAGCUUGAAAUCCGCUUCGCGUAUCUGCAACAAGCCACCGCUGCCAAAUCACUUCUUGAAAGUAACCCGGACCUGGGAGUCACCUGUUGCUUUGGUUUUGAUCCAUGCUGCAAGCCAUGGCAGUUGGGGGGAUAAUGAACCUCUUUAGCGGAUCGAUUAGGUCUAAUGAAUCAAAUAUUAGGUGAGGAGCAGGGGCAGAUCAUCCAUCUGUGUGAAGUUCACCUGAUCGCUUUUUUGUUUCUUUCGUUCUUUCGUUCUUUCGCUGUCAUUUCUUUUCCUUGCUUUCUUUCGUUUUCUCAUAUGCUUCAUAAUGAUUCAACGCUUACUUUCCGCCCAUCGAGGUUCUAAUUACAUCCUAAACCACUUUGGAAGUGGUAAAUGCGGGGGGUUUAGAUCUUCCCAGAGAUGAAUAGGAGGGCUAAGCAGAGU